AUGAAGCCAGAAGCCUCAAGCCUGCCUCUCUGCACAUGGUUUCACAAACAACGUGGAUUUAUUACAAUUGUGUGAGCACAAUUUGAAAAAUAGUUUAGCGCAGAGUAGCUAGGUCACCAGUAUCCAUAAAGUAAUUUAAACAAACGAAUUCGUUUAUCGCAAACGUUUCUGAUAAGCAAUGGAAGUUUAGUUAGUCAACGCUACAGAGCUAAUGUAGCAGCUAAUGUUUUCAUGCUAUAUUUACUAACGUUACUUCACUGCUACGUGUCCGUAAUCAAAUAUGUUUGCUGAAGAGGAAUGGAAUGAUACUGCUUCGGCAGGGUCAUUGACUCAGUGUGCCAAUACAGACAAGGAUUCAAUUAAAGAAAAGGUAACGGUAACGGCAAAGGCUGGGAAGAUGAAGAGUUUGUUGAGAACUCUCCAAACUCUUGGAUCAGCACGUCCAGCACCUGACUGGAGCAGUUGCUCUGCUCCUAAAGAUAGUGACAGUGAAGCAGAGAAGGAGGCUCCAACAUCACAGCCUAAGAAAAAGAAAAAAAGAAUCAAGAAGCGUAAAAGAGGUCUGCUAGCAAAAAGUCAGACAGAAGGAGGAGAUGGGGCAAAUCCUGCUGGGGAUGACAUUCCCGAAGUUGCCAAAAAGCAGAAGUUAAGCCCUCAAGUUAAAGCCUCCAAGAAAAACAGUAUCAAAUCAGUAACAGUGGAACAGAUGGAAGGUGCCCAAAUGGAUAAAGAGACCAGUAGCAGUAUUGAGAAGGCUCUAAGUCGCAAGCAGUGGAAGAACAGAAUGAAAAACAAAAGAAAAUGCAAGAACAAGUACCAGGACAAAAACCAUCCGCUUCAGGUGUCCACGUCAGAGACAGGGCAGGGCCGCACAGGACCGGUGAAAGGAUCUGACAAAGAAGACACAUCUAGCGAGCCGAAACAAAUAGAGCCUUGUGAGACAAAUCAGGCUAAGUCUAAGAUGUCCAGGAAAGCAGAGAUCAAAAGAAAAAAACAAGCAGCAAAGAAAAGUAGUAGCUCUAUCCCUCCCUCUAAUACAGAUGAGGUAGUGCCCAUAGAGAGCUUGACUGUCACCAGCAACAUUACAAACGAUGAUUUAAAUGAAAAUCUUGUCGAGCCACCAGAGAAAGCAGAGCCUCUGAAGCCCUCUGACAAGAGGAAACAGAAGGAGAGACAAAUGCGUGCAGAUAAACUGAGGCAUAUACUGGAUAGUCAUCGCUCGGACGCCAAAGCCAAGUCUGCAGAGGACGGAGAGGAGUCGACGCAGAAAGAGACUGACGAGGAGGACAAGGUGAAGGGUGAAGGGCAGCCCUUGGACCGCUCGGCUGCUCUGCGCUCCAAAAUGGAAAAGCGCCUGGAGGCAGCCAGAUUUCGCUACAUCAACGAGGUUCUGUACACCACCUCAAGCAGCGAGGCCAAGCGAAUGUUCAAGCAGGAUCCAAAGGCUUUUGAGGUCUACCAUCUUGGCUUUACCACACAGGUCCAGCACUGGCCUGAAAAUCCUGUGGAUGCCAUCAUUUCCUUCAUUCAUCAAAAGCCAGCAUCUUUGGUAGUUGCUGACUUUGGCUGUGGUGACUGCAAAAUUGCACGUAGUGUGAAAAACAAAGUGCAUAGCUUUGAUCUGGCACCCACUUGUGACUUGGUGACUGUGUGUGACAUGGCCAAUGUUCCUCUUGAGGAUAGUUCUGUACAUAUUGCGGUGUUCUGUCUCUCACUUAUGGGGACUAACCUAAGUGACUUUCUCGCCGAGGCCAACAGAGUCCUGUUUAUGAGUGGAGUGCUGAAGAUUGCUGAGGUGGCAAGUCGGUUUGAGAAUGUGCGUGGCUUCGUAGGUGCAUUAUCAAGUCUUGGAUUCAAGUUAACAUCAAAGGACACAAACAACAACUAUUUCUACCUCUUUGAGUUUGUUAAAGUUGCUCAUACUCCUGAGAAUACCAAGAAGGCAGGACUGGCCCUGAGACCAUGUGUGUACAAGAAACGAUAAGGAACUUGGGAAGAGCCACUCGGGACCAGGAGAAGAAACACGAGAAGGAAAAAGAAAUCGGAAGUAGAUGUUGACCUCCAGUAGUUCUACUGUAUAUGCCGUUCUGGUUGAAGGUGAAUUGCUAAUGGUGAAAUACACCUGCGUGGUCUGCGAUUCAAAAUUAAAUGGACAGUGACUAUGGACAGCAACAGGACCAGAAUUAUUGCCUGGCGAAAUCAAAUCAAGGGAUUCAACUAUCUCAAUCUUCAUGUGUUGAGUAUAGAAGUGUCACUGCAUUGAGUUUAUAUUUUCUUACAAGAAAAUACUGUUUUUUUUAUUUACAUUAAUGUUUCUGGUGGUUUUGUGUUGUAAUAUUUUAAAUAUGUAAAAUACAUAACGAUCUCUCAAUUCCUGAAUAAGUAAUAUUUGGAGAAUAAUCAUACAUAGGCCACUAUAGUACUUCAUGUACUAUUGAUUUAGUUUCCCUUGAGUUUAUCUUGUAUGAAAGUGACAACUUCAUGAUUCAUUUCAUUACAUGAUAGCGUCUUUCUUCACAGCGCCCUCAGCGUCUUUUUUAGUUUGUCUAUCGUGAUGGGGCAUUGGGCGGCUCCUUCCUCAAAUCAUUACCAUUAAAUCAGAUUAUGGC